AUGGCCAGAAAAGAGCGAACAUUUGACGGAUGCUGGACAUGUCGUUCAAGAAAGGUGAAGUGUGACUUGACCAAGCCAUUUUGUACGCGUUGUGUCAAACUGAAACGAGAAUGUCUUGGCUACGCCAUACGUUUGAGAUGGAGUGAUCCAGUAACCAUAUCUCGAGAUAAGAGCAUGAUCAGUUUGAAACUAGGUUACGACAACGAGUCGGACAAUAUGCAGAGGAGGAACGUGGAUUUGAUGGAGUUUCCUCGAGAAAUGCUUUACGAGACAUAUGCGGAGUUGAAUUCGGUUUUGGAAAGGGUGGACGACUCAGCCGUGGUUUCAGGCAAGGCAAAGUUGGGUCCGUUUAGAUGCUUUCGACUCGUUGAUAUACCGAAGAUGGAAAGGGGGGUACAUGACGCACUGAAGGAUGAAUGGGCGGCAACCCCACUCAUGACUUUGCCAAUCAAUACAACAGCAGCAGAACCAAUAACUCCGCCAACGAAAAAGAGGCGAAAGACGGUUACGGAUAUUACCAAUACCACUACUACUACUACUACUACUACUUCUACUACUACUACCACCAUCGCUACUUCUCCCACCACCAAAUCCAACAACUCCUCGGUAUUCUCCAGAACAAACAACACUUAUGUCCAUUACGAUCUUUUAAACUUUGCCAAACUCACCAUUCUAGCCAUCAAGGGACCAGACUACAAAUUCAACGAUCAAAACAUGUUGCAUAUCUUGUACCCCAAGUUUUUCCCCAAUAUUGACUCUGAUGACGCAUGGUUUGCCAAUGCGACUCUAGUCAAUAGCAAGCUUUACACCAAGAGAAACAAUGAAUUGACGCUAUAUCCAUUAUUUCGCAACCUAUUGGAUCAUUUCACUCUGGACUUGUUUAGUGUGAAUCGUAUUGGGAUGAACCAAAAUUACUUUGAUGUAUUGGUUAUCCCUUAUGUUAAGCAGAUUGUGGGACAAUUUAUAUGUUGGGAUUUUGCAUUUUGGGAUGUGAAUGAUUUGCAAGAGUUGGAGGAUUUGGACGAUAAGCAGUUGUUGCAAAGUAUCAAGUUGUGUAUUAUUUAUUUGUGUUUGGGUCUUAGUGCGUUUAAAGCGUCCAAACGGACGUCUUUGCAUGAAGAGAAUGAGGAUGAUGAGUACAAGAUUGAUGAGUUUCUAAAGAUUAGUAUUGAGUUGCGGAAACUCAGUAUCAAGUUGUUGAACUAUCAUUUGGACGAGUCGGAUGUGAUUGCUGAACGACAAAGGGGUGGUAAGGCAGUUGAAGAUUAUGAUACAAUGUUACUUUUAGCUUUGAUUCUUCAGAUUGAGCUUGAUAGUAUGUUUAGUGUUUUUGAAAAUUUGGACUUGAUAUACGCCAUUGGCGACUUUGUUAUAAAGAAUAAGUUGGAAACAAGGACGCGAAACAGUACCAUGAACAAGUUUUUGAUCAAUGCUUUCAAGAUUAAGUAUUUCAUGUAUGAGAGUACUCAGGCAAUCAACUUGUUCAACUAUCAAAUGGAAAAAGAAGAUGAAAAACGGUACAGAGAUUUGAAGGAGGAUUACAACUUGAUUGAAGAUUUAGAUAGCGACGAUGACGGUGACGACGACGAUGAUGAUGAUGAUGGCGAUGAGGACAACGAAAAAGAGGAAAAGGAAAAGGGAGAGGAUGAAGACGAGGAAGAGCAAAAAUCCAAGAAUAAACCAAGUAUUGGAAAUUUACUUUCAGUUAGUGGUCCAGCAAAGAUGGAUUAUGUGCCAACAGCUUUCACCAUUAAUUUCAACAACAAUAGACAAUAUAGUGCCGCGUAUGAAAUUACAGGGGGUGACACUAUUGAGAGUUUGUAUUCGCAGAUUAAGUUUGCCCCCAGCUUGAAUAUCAAAUUCACCACCACUUUGGACACCGAGCUUAUUUAUUUGAUGUAUGGUAUACCCAAAGAUUUGCUACAUAUAUUCCAUGAAUCAAUCCACUUGGCAAACCACAAAAACAUCUUUAGUGUGAAACGGGUAUUUCCUCGAAAUUUCCCGCGUAUAUGUGCUGAAGUAGAGGAUAAAUUACUUCGGUGGAACAUAAGUCAACUGAGUUGGAGUUUGAACCCACAAGACAGGUUUCAUAGUUUUCUACUCAACCAUGUGUACUCCUUUCAUCAGGCAGUGAUUAUAUGUCACAACAAACUAAUGAAGAAGGAUUUUGAUAUAGAGCAACAUCAAGCUGUGGUGAAGAAAUGUUUGGAUUAUCUAUGUCUAGCAGUUGAUGGUGCAAGACAGUUACAACUUGGUUAUAAACCCAUGUUUUGGAAUUUGCUAAUUGCUGGAUCAGUUGCAACCGAAACAACAACUCAGGAUCGAAUCAAACGCAUUUGGCAAACGUGUCCUGGGUAUGAACUUCAAUCGAACCACUGGCGAGCAAAACAAAUAGUGUAUGAGAUUUGGAAAAGAAGAGCCAGUGGCGAAGACGAGGAAGAGAAUUUGGGUUUUAUGAAUUUGAUAAGGGAAUGGGAUGUUGCACUAAGCUUGGGAUAA